CCCCCCGCUCACCCAACUCAACUCGCGCCAAAUCAGCUUCCGUCACUGGGCAGCGGCAGCGUGACUGAGCUCGUGACUGCGCGCGUGCGGCAUGGCGCUUCUUGCAAGGGCAACCCUCCUGCUCGCGGCCCUCGCCGGCGCCGUCGCCCUCCUGCUGCCGGGCGCCGCCGAGGCACGUGUCCUGCUCUCGCUCGACGACUUCGGCGCCGUCGGGGACGGCAUUGCCAACGACACGCAGGCAUUCGUCGACGCGUGGGAGGCGGCGUGCGCCACCGGCGGAAACACCUACCUCAACGUCCCCGCCGGCAAGUCCUACCAGAUCUGGCCCGUCACGCUCGCCGGCCCCUGCCGCGGCGAGAUCAAGCUCCUGAUUUCCGGCAACAUCGUCGCGCCGGAGAGCCCGGAGGAGUGGGAGGACGGCGACCAGGGCCGGUGGCUCCACUUCUCCGGCGUGGGGGACCUGUCGCUGAGCGGCGGCGGCAUCGUCGACGGCCGGGGCCAGCAGUGGUGGGCGGGGGCCUGCGAGGACGAGAACUGCACCUCGUACCGCCAGCGCGAGGUCGCCCCCAUGGCGCUCCACUUCGAGGACUGCCAGGACGUGAGCGUCAAGGGCCUCACGCUGCAGAACAGCCAGCGGCAGCACCUCGUCUUCACGCGCUGCUACAACGUCGAGGCCAACUACCUCCGAGUCACCUCGCCGGAGUACAGCCCCGGCACCGCCGGCGUCCUUGUCGUCAGCUCCACCAACGUGCACAUCAAGAAUGACCUCUUCUCCGUCGGUGGCGACUGCGUGUCGAUUGUGGGCAAUUGCUCGGAUGUCCGGCUCAGAGCAAUCUCCUGCGGGCCUGGCCUCGGCAUCAGCAUUGGAGGCUUGGGCGAGAACCAGAGUAGUCACAAGAUAGAGAAGAUCAAGACGGACACCAUGUUCAUCUCCAACACCAAGAACGGCGUACGCGUCAAGACCUACGAGGACGGCUGCGGGUUCGCGCGCAAGGUGAAGUUCGCGCAGAUCAUGAUGAGGAACGUGGCCAACCCCAUCGUCAUCGACCAGCACUACUCCGCCGCCAACCGGGGAACUCAAUGCGGCGCCCCGAACGGGAGCGCGGUGGCGGUGGAGAACAUCAACUACAUCGACAUCACCGGCACGUCGGCGACGGAGCGGGCGGUGACGUUCGCGUGCAGCGACGCCAUGCCGUGCAGGCGCCUGUAUCUGGACGGGGUGAACCUGACGACGGCCGGCGGCGGGAGCACGUCCGCCUACUGCCACCAGGCGUUCGGGAAGCACGUCGGGGACGUCCUCCCGGAGUCGUGCCUCGGCAAGGAGGACUUCGUGCAGCUGCAGGCGGCCCCGACCACCGGAGACGCUCAAGAAGACGAAGAUGCUGCUGAUUGGUGAAACUGUUCCUAGAAUUUGAUCUUGCAGCUCGAGCUUGUAUGCAGUGUGUGUGGAUUCAUGAAAUAAAUCAUUUUUGUUUGAGAUAUACUUUAAGAUAUAAAUGAACAUGCCUUCAAAGCCAGGCAUAAUUUCCAAGA